GUGAGCACCAGAGGUUAGCUGAGAUGAGCCCGGCCCUGCAACAGUGAAAGCAGACCAAGGGGAGUUAGUGCCUUGUACAGAAACAAAGUGCUGGAACUAGGAAUAUCAUGGAGAACCGAAAACCCAAAGGUCAAGAGAAGAACACCGAGGAGAUGAUCGUGCACAUUGCUGAGCUUCAGGCUAAGGCUGUAGAGUUGAAGGAAGGACUUACCGGAGCGAUGGAAGACCUCAGCACCCUCCAGCAGAAAGGAAUCUGCCUUGAGGAGCGGAUUGUCACCUACCAGAACGAAAUGGAUGGGAAAAUACUGGACAUAAGGAACUGUCUGAGCAGCUUUGAGGAGGACUUGGGUGCUACUCUGUCCCAUGUCAACAAGAUCAACAGCAAACAAAGGGAGAUGCAGAGGGACCUAGCGGUCUUUCGGUCACAAAUGACAGACACAGUGCUUUCAAAUCAACUAAGUAAAGGAACCGAGGAAGACUGCUCAGAAGAUGACCGCAAGUGUUUCUCAAGCCAAACCGUCUCCAGCAUCAUUCAAAACUUGCCUGACAGUUUGCCCCAGCUGAGCACAGUCUCCACACAAACCUCAGUCUCUGAAAAUGAUUUUGGUUGUCCAAGAGAAGCCCUACUGACGUUGCCGGUUUGGACUGUAGGCAAGAACAACGUAGAAAGGAAAAACAUUCACAAAUUGGAAAACCAAAGUGCAGCUAUGGAGCUUCUGGAGUCAGAGAGAGUCUAUGUGUCCUACCUGUCCCUUCUGCUCAACGCCAACAUCGCCUUUAAUGGAAAUGAAGCCAUACACAUCAAAGACAAGCGGCCUUUCCCAAGCUCUCUCCGCUUCCUCAUCCAGCAGCACCUGAAGCUGCUGCACACUCUGCAGGAGCGUGUGCUCAAGUGCCAGUGGCAAGGCAUUAUGGGAGAUGUGUUCUUGAGGCUGACAAACAAAGAGAGUGAUUUUCUUGACCACUAUGUGACAUACUUGAAGGAACUUCCUAAGUGCCUCUCUGCGAUCAACAUGUACAGCUCUUCUUCCAUUGAAACAGCCGGUCUUUUUGAGGACAAUACCAGUGGAGCUCAUCCUUCAUUCUACACACUUCUUCUACAACCAGUGCAACGCAUUCCAGAGUAUCUUCUGCUUCUACAGAACCUCCUGAAGCAGACUGAUGCGGAACACCCAGAUUAUUAUGCGCUGCUGAUCUCUAUUGAACAGCUGAAGGCCUUUACCAGUCACUUUAGUCCUGUACUGCAAUACAGCAAGGAGCUACUGCUGGGGGGUAGGAUGGAAGUCAGGAGACAAGAUACAAGCCAGUCAAUGAGCAGCAAACAGAGGCAGAUGAAGAUGCAGCCCAGGUGUCUGGAGGACUGGGUGGCAGAGUCACCGCAACAUGGUGUGCAGGCUCCUCCCUUCUUGACCCCCAGCGAAGAGUCCAAGAAUAACUCAGCGAUGGAGAGAAGCCCACAGGACACCCAGGAGCCCUGCAGGACCCCUUCCCAGCUCAUGCCCUUCAAACUUCUGGCCAGCAGCUCAACAUUAGAGGAAAUCGCUGAUGAGUUCCUGUUGGCUGGCGUUGAACCAUGUCAGGAAAGUCUGUGUGACGAUGAAGACUCUGCCCACAGUAUCCUAAAUUUGGAUGACUGCUCCACCACAUCCUCUGACUCCAGUAUCGACAUUGCCUUCCUAUACUGGCAUGGGGAUUGUACACAAGAGCCCUGUGGGAGAGGCCGGAGUCAGUUGCCCAUGCCUGCUGACACAUCUUUAGAGAAGCAUCACCCACUGCAGGCAGUGCAGAGAAUGAGCAGGUCCCUCAAUGGUCUGCAGCUGGACAGCAGCCCUGUGGAGUCAAGGGGCUACAAGGGGCUAAGUCCUCGCGGCCUCCUUCAUGCCAAGGUGGAGCGGCAGUACAGUGCAGGAAGCCCGGGCUGCAAGGUGGAGAUAACUGCAAGCCCCUUGAGGAGGUCAGGACCAGAGAGCUCCACAGGGAGGGUGGAGAUGUGGAGGGAACAGAGCAAGUUGGUAUCUCCCUGCUCUACUUACUCAUCCCAGGAUCAACCAGUGCUGACCAGUCCCAGAGUAAACAUACAGGCCCAGGAGGAGCAAAGCGGGACAGCUGAACUUAAGUAUAAGAAGAGUGAGGCUGAUAGCAGCCCAGUCUCCUUCAGCCAAAGGAGCCGGAAACAGGAGCAAAAAGGAGGCUUCAGAAGCUCCUUCAAGAAAUUAUUCAAGAAGAAGUCCAGCGGAGACAAAAACAAGGUCAAGGAGGAUGUGGAGUCUGCGUUGAUGAGUCUGUGACUCCCUCCCAUA